GCCUGGCGGCGUCUCCUCUACCCAGAGAGAGCUGAGAUCACUCUCGCACAUCACGCACACUCACCAUCAGGCAGUCAGAGGAACUCCAUCGCACAAGAAGUUUGCAUCCCAGGGACGAGCACAAAGCCCCGGGAAACCCUGAGCUACCCCAAUCUGCAGGAGAGAGCAGAUUACAGAGAUAUUAAAGAAGAGAUUGCCAGGAAGGAGCUGGGACUGUGCAGAGGAUUCACCCCCAACAGGGGAUUAACAAGAAGCCCGGAGAGAGGAGAGGCAGGAGGAUAGGAGCUGGGGUAACGGAGGCGUUAAAGAUGCACCAUCACCAUGGAGUAUUGACACUGGCUCUGCUGGCGUUACUGCUAGUGCUUACGGUACUUGGAACGGAUACAGGGAAGAAAGACAAACAAGAUAAGAAGGCUAAGAAGUCAGACUGUGGGGAGUGGCAGUGGAGUGUUUGCGUUCCCACCAGUGGGGACUGUGGAAUUGGGACCCGGGAAGGCACCCGCACAGGAAAGGAAUGUAAACAAACUAUGAAGACCCAGAAAUGUAAGAUCCCCUGCAACUGGAAGAAACAGUUUGGAGCCGAAUGCAAGUACCAGUUUCAGGAGUGGGGAGAGUGUGACCCAGAGACAGGCGUGAAGACACGGAACGGCAGCUUGAAGAGGGCCCUGCACAAUGCGGAGUGUCAGAAAACGGUCACCCUGUCCAAGCCCUGCGGCAAGAUUACCAAACCAAAACCUCAAGAGUCGAAAAAGAAGAAAAAAGAGGGGAAGAAGCAGGACAAGAUGGUGGACUGAGUGACAGCGGACAAGAGAAUAAGACCCGGGGGGCACCUGUGCCAGCGCAGCGUGGCAUAGAAAAUUGUCUACAUUUCUACCUAUAGUAGUGGAAGGGAAAAGGGGGGGGGGGGGCAUACUUUGUACACUGUAGUGUUUUAUUUGGUGGAGGGGGGAAGAUAUAUUUUAAACCAUAACACUGUGUUAGGUGCAUUAAAGAACAAGGUAUUUACUGUUCCUGUUGCUAGACCUGUAAAUAACAGAACUGAGGACCCUUAGCAUACCUUUAGUCAUAUCACUGGGGUUUAACGGGGCGUAACAAGAGUGUUGGGGUGUUUUUAUUAUACCUUUUAUUGUGCUCAUACUAUAGAGCGGGCAGGCAAGCUGUGGAUCUCCGGCCGUAGUGGAACUACAAGUCUCUGCGUGCCCUGUCAAGCUUUGGUGGACAGGGCAUGCUAGUACUUGUAGUUCUGCAGCAACUUAAGAAUGGAUGUCUACCUCUGCUAAAGACUAGAGUGUUAAUGCCAUAUCACCCAAGGUCAUUAUUUAACAAAACUAAUUAGAAAACAGACGAAACCAAGAGUUUCUUAGCAGCAUCAGACAAAUACCAGUAAUACAGUUGGCGUGUGCAUUAGGAGAUGCACAUUUAAUGGAAGAAUAAUAUUAAUAAUGCUUCAUAUAGUUGAGAAUAAUUUGACUAUAUUCAUAUUUUGGCUUGAUACUACUUCCCAGGGACUGGGGUGUUGGUAUAGGCAUUAUAAGUGAAUGAGCCCUAAAUAAGCAUACCAGCUAACAGCUAAAUGUGCAAAAUUGUAACCCUCCCAUGAGCAGCACAAAUCCCUCCCCCAGAUUACCCAGCACCAAUCCAGCACCGUCUAACUUGCCUGAGGCCCUGCCCAUGCUCUGAAAAGCUCCAACCCCCUAGGAGUCCUGGAUUCCUGACAAAAUCAUAUUAUAGAGACGUGCGAGGACAGAUGGAGUGUGCUUAGAGCCUCUGGAGCUGUGGGAGAAAUGCUUGGUCACGCCACACCAAUCUCACCCAAUGGAAAGCUUAUUAUGGUGCUACGGAGCUAGGGAUGAAUGGCAACGUUGGAACACAAUGUUUCCCAAACUCGGUCCCCAUGCCCUUACAAAGGUCCAGGUUUUAAGGAUAUGCAUGCUUGAACACAGCUUAGGUAGAUACCUGUGCUCAAGCAUGGAUAACCUUAAAACCUUUACAGUUUGGGGGAGGAUGAGGACCGAAUUAGGAAAACACUGAUAUGUGUCCUUUGUCCAAACAAGAGGCAAUAGUAAAACAAUGAAACCAUCCAGGAAACAAAUUCAGCCUUGACUUUUAUCCUCGAUAAAUUAAAGCUGUAACUAGAUAUAAUGGGCUUGAUUCAGCGAUGGAUUCAGAUCGCUACAUACCACAGGAGGUAUCUGGUGAACAUCUGUCAUCUGAAGGAUGGCCGUGCAGCAGGGUCAGCUGAAGCUGCAUUCGAGGACGUAGACACUGGCCUAGAAAUGUCUUGAAAAUAGAGCAGAUACCCCUGUUAUUUUGGAACAUUCUCUAUCGCCACCCCCACUGCGACUCCAAAUGGCCGCAGCCUGUCUAUCAGGGACAACAAAGGACACGAUCUGCUCAUUGCACAGUUUAGAAAACAUCUGAGAUGUAGGUAAACCAUCGGUUUGGGUACACAGGGUCGGACUGGCCCACAGGGGAAACCACCGGUGGGCCCCACUGCCUGUGGGCCCUCCUCCUCCUCUAGGGAUCAGGUUCCAGACUCUAUCCUAGUGCAAUUGAAUUAUGCAUUAUACAUAUGUUACAUUAUACUUCACAAGAAUAUGGAUUGUUAUAUAUUUACCAUGGGGCACAGAACAUGCACUCUGUAAUGGUUAGCCCCAGUGGAGCCUGGCCACACCCUUAAACAUGGGCCCCUACAACAGCAUCACCCCGAAGGGCCCUUCAUGCCCCAGUCCAACACUGUGGGUACAUCACUGAAUUAGCCACAGUGGAGUCUAUGUACUAAGCCUCAGAGAGAGAGAUAAAGAGGACAGAGAUAAAGCACCAGCCAAUCAGCUCCUGCCAUUUUUCAAACACAGCCCGUAACAUGGCAGUUAGGAGCUGAUUGGCUGGCACUUUAUCUCCUCCCACACUCUCUCUCUCUCCAAGAAUUAGUACAUAGACCCCAAUGGGAUGGUAUUCAUGUGACCUCCACCAACAUCCCGCCCCCUCACUAUCCCAAAGGUUGGCAUGCCGACCAACAGGGACUAUUUCCACUCGUGGGUCUCCACGACACUCAUAGAGUGGAAAUAGAACCUGUGGCGACCGCAGGUCACCGCCGAGCCCGCAAGGGGAUUGCUGCACUCGCACUGGGGGAAGGGGGGACAGGUUCAGAUGUAGCCCCCCACCCACCCACCGCCAUUACAAACACCGCCUCAGGCCCCCGCACCGCCAACUGUGAUGCUGAUGUCUAUACAUAUACAGUAUGUCGCUUGUUUUUAAAGGAAUGAAAUCACUUGAAGAAGAAACAUGAAUUUUUGUUAACCCAUCUAACCAGUGAGAAUUAUUGGGGGGGGGGGGUCACACAUUGAGGACCUCAUGGUUUUAGGCAAAAACUUCCAACACCUCCUUCUGCCUCAUGAUGAUCUGGGGCUCACAGCCUGCGGUGUAAACGGCAGCACGUGGAUGUUGGAGACCAUCCAAAAUACCGUAUGACCCCUUCAACCAAGUACAAACUGCUCCCUCACAAAAAUCCCACUUCGUUUGCUAUUUCCCUACUCCUCCGACCCCUCCUGACAUCAUUGCUGGCUUUUACUGCCUUAGGGGUCUAUUUACUAAGCCUUGGUGGAAGAUAAAGAGAACGGAGAUAAAGUACCAGCCAAUCAGCUCCUAACUGUCAUUUUUCAAACCCAGCCUGUGACAUGGCAGUUAGGAGCUGAUUGGCCAGAACUUUAUCUGUGCCCACGCUAUCUUCUCCAUGCAAGGCUUAGUAAAGAGACCACUUAGUGAGUCUCUAUCCUGCCCUCUACUCCUCAUACCAACACACUGGCAAAGAUCUACUAACCAUCAGGUUUUCAAAGGCCCCCUCCCCUCAUCACCGGGCGGCUUUGAUCAAUGAAUUUAAAACGGCAACUGUGAGGGCUGGACUGUCCAUCUGAAGGCCUGAUAUUGGGCCGGUCCAUUCACGUAGAGACACCUAGGCUGGCUGAGCUCUCUGCUUGGCUGCACAGGUCACAUGGGUGGUCAUUCUGAGUUGAUUGCUAGCUGCAUUCGUUCGCUGUGCAGCGGUGAGGCAAAAAAACAGCACUUCUGCGCAUGUGUAUGCGGCGCAAUGCGCACGCGCGACGUACUAUUACAAUGAACGAUGUAGUUUCACACAGGGUCUAGCGAAGCUCGGAAAAAUGCAGGCGUGCCAGGAAAAACGCAGGCAUGGCUGGGCGAACGCAGGGCGUGUUUGUGACGUCAAAACAGGAACUGAACAGUCUGAAGUGAUUGCAAGCGCUGAGUAGGUCUGAAGCUACUCUAAAACUGCACAAACUUUGCCGCCGCUCUGCGAUCCUUUCGCUCGCACUUCUGCUAAGCUAAAAUACACUCCCAGUGGGCGGCGGCAUAGCGUUUGCACGGCUGCUAAAACUGCUAGCGAGCGAACAACUCGGAAUGACCACCAUAGACAGGCUCUGCCUCCCAGCACACAGAGAUAGGGGUGUGUGCUGCAAGGACAGGUUCCCAUGAGUUGCGGCAUACCCAUUAAUAAAACGUCCUGCGUGCGCAGACCAGAUGGACGCGGCCGCUGCAUCCAUCUCUGCAUCGUGCCCUUAGUAGUUUGUGGAACAGUUGAAAAAACUCCAUCUGAUCAAUUACAUGCAUAUUCAAGGCUGCAAAUCCCAGUGCAUCAUGGGAACACCGAAGCCAGCAUGGGUAAACUCUUCCCAAACCACAGCCACCCCAGGCAGGGACAUAUCAUCAUUAUCCUGGGUCUGGGGUUAGUGUUAUGGGGCUCAUCCCAAAUAUAAAAAGGGUUCCCUCUCUUGAUAUAGUGUUGCUGGUAUUGACCUGUGUGUAGCAUUUAUGUUGCAUACAAGAACAAUGGUUAUACUGUAUCUAUGCAAGUAAUCUGCAAAUGUAUCGAGUUCUUGUAAUUUCCGUUUUGGUUGUGGAACUUAUCUUCUCUCCCUUGAACUUGCAACGAUCUGAUGUUGCGAUCAGCAAAAUGACACAGGCAGAAAUAUUACAUUGGAUGAUGCUACCUACGUCGAGAGUCUUAAUUUAAAUGGAACAGUGGAACAAUUUGUAACAAUAAUGAACUGUGAUGUUAUAAUGAUUAAACAUGGGUCCUACACCCACCUUGGUUAAAGUAUAAUCGAAUAGGGCAAUGGUGAACUUUAAUAAACUAAUCAAUAAUGAA